AUGGCCCAGCCCAAAGCCGUGCGCGCCGCCGCCGCCGCCGCCGUGCCGGACAUCGCCGCGCAGCUCGACCUCGCCUCCGCGUGCAUCAACGGCGCCGAGUCGAUGAUGGCGGCGCCGGCUGCCGGGGGGAGGCCGCCGCUGGUGGUGGUCGGCCACCGUGGGAAGGGGAUGAACGCGCUGGCGUCCCCGGACGAGCGGCUGCGCGAGGUGAAGGAGAACUCGGUGCGGUCCUUCAACGACGCCGCGCGCGUCGCCGGCGUCGGCUACGUCGAGUUCGACGUCCAGGUAAACGUGACCAAAGAUGGCUGCCCGGUCGUCUUCCACGACAAUUUUAUCUUCACCGAACAAGAUGGCAAAAUCUGCGGGAAGCGCGUCACUGAUCUUCCACUGGUCGAGUUCCUCUCCUACGGCCCUCAGAAGGACCAGGACAAGGUCGGGAGGCCAUUGCUGCGGAAGCUCAAGGACGGCAGGACACUGAGGUGGGACGUGCGUUCCGACGAACCCCUCUGCACGCUGCGGGAGGCGUUCGAGGGCGUCGACACGCGCGUCGGCUUCAAUGUCGAGCUCAAGUUUGACGAUGAUCUCGUGUACCAGGAGGAGGAGCUCGCCGGCGUCCUGCAAGCCAUCCUAAAGGUUGUUUUUGAGCAUGCCAAGGACAGGCCCGUCAUUUUCUCCAGCUUCCAGCCCGACGCCGCGCAGCUUAUGCGAAGACUGCAAGACCAGUACCCUGUUUACUUCCUGACGGUUGGAGGGACGCAGCUCCACGCCGACGCACGGCGGAACUCGCUGGAGGAGGCUGUCAGGCUGUGCCGCGCCGGCGGCCUGCAGGGCAUCGUGUCGGAGGCCAGGGCGGUGUUCCGGCACCCGUCGGCGGUAGCCAGGGUCAAGGAGUCCGACCUCUCCCUGCUCACCUACGGGCAGCUCAACAACGUGCCGGAGGCGGUGUACAUGCAGCACCUGAUGGGGGUGGACGGCGUGAUCGUCGACCUGGUGCAGGAGAUCGCCGAGGCCGUCUCGGAGUUCGCGGCCGUGGUGGCGCCGGAGCCCAGCCCCGAAGAAGGCCAGGCCGGGAGGUUGGGGCCGGAUAGGGCUGCGCCGGCGAAGAAGACGCCCAACUUCUCGCAGCGGGAGAUUUCCUUCCUGCUGAGGCUCAUACCCGAGCUCGUACAGUAG